GCUGGCCUCGGGUGCUCAGGCUCUGGCUACGUUUCUUUCUUUCCGACUCUGGGCACGAGGGCUUGUCUCUCCUCAGGCCGGCGCGUCAGCGCGGAGAUCUUUGCGCGGCCGCUGCGGGCUCCGCAACGCCAGCGCGGGGUGCGCUCGCGGCCGCGCGGCCCGCCCCAGAGGCGGGGUGGGACCCAGAGUUUAGAUAGGAGGCGCCUGCCGUGCGGAACACCCCGCGCCCGCGGAGCUGCCUCUCGUCCGAAGUCGCGCGCGGAGCCGCCGGGGGUUCCCACACGCAGACGCCGGGGCCCUGGCCGUCUCUCAGCCCGGCUCCUGCCCGCUGCGCCGCCCACCAUGCGGCCGCCGCUCUACCGCUGCCACAACAGCACCUCGGUGGAGAAGGGCAACUCGGCGACGAUGGGCGGGGUGCUCUUCAGCGCGGGCCUCCUGGGCAACCUGCUGGCCCUGGGGCUGCUGGCGCGCUCGGGGCUGGGGUCGUGCCCGCCGCGCCCGCCGCCUUCGGUCUUCUACGUGCUAGUGUGCGGCCUGACGGUCACAGACUUGCUGGGCAAAUCCCUCGUGAGCCCCUUCGUGCUCGCAGCCUACGCGCAAAACCGGAGCCUGUGGGGACUGGCGCCCGCGUCGGGCAGCUCGCUGUGCCAAGCCUUCGCCUUCUUCAUGUCCUUCUUUGGGCUCGCCUCGACGCUGCAGCUCCUGGCCAUGGCCCUGGAGUGCUGGCUGUCCUUGGGGCACCCCUUUUUCUACCGACGGCACAUCACCCUGCGCCGCGGCGCGCUCGUAGCUCCGAUCGUGGGCGCCUUCUGCUUGGCUUUCUGCGCGCUGCCCUUCGCGGGCUUCGGGAAGUUCGUGCAGUACUGUCCCGGCACCUGGUGCUUCAUCCAGAUGGUGCACGAGGAGCGCUCAACGUCGGUGCUGGGCUACUCCGUGCUCUACGCCAGCCUCAUGGCGCUGCUGGUCCUCGCCAUCGUGCUAUGCAACUUGAGCGCCAUGCGCAACCUCUACGCGAUGCACCGGCGGCUGCGGCGGCGCCCGCGCUCCGGCACUCGGGACCGCGUGGAGCCGGGCGCCGACGAGAGGGAGGCGGCCGCGCAGCCCCUGGAGGAGCUGGACCACCUGCUGUUGCUGGCCCUCAUGACCGUGCUCUUCACUAUGUGCUCCCUGCCUUUAAUAUAUCGUGCUUACUAUGGAGCAUUUAAAACCACCCAUGAGAAAGAUGGAACCUCUGAAGAAAUGGAAGACCUCCGAGCCUUGCGUUUUCUGUCUGUAAUUUCCAUUGUGGACCCUUGGAUUUUCAUAAUUUUCAGAACACCAGUAUUUCGGAUGUUUUUUCACAAGAUUUUCAUAAGGCCUCUUAUGUACAGAAACUGGCCCAACAAUUCCUGUCGAACUAACAUGGAGUCCAGUCUGUGACACUGUGUUACCACCCAGUCUCUGGUAAGCUGAGAAAUAUGUUACAUUUUCUGUCAAAGAACCGUGUUAAAAAAAACAAACAGAAAAAAACCCUUAAAAUUUGAAAGUUAUCUCCUGUAACAAAACAUUUAAUAUAUUUUCAAAACUAUAUGAUAACAUCUUUAACAAUGUGCGGUCAUUCUGUACUCAUGAGCCAGCUCAGUUCCAGUAGUUAAGAGCAACUACAAUUUCACAUAUUGUAACCAAUGUUAAAAGUCUUAAAGCGAUGAUAUUAAUUGUUCCAAUGUUUGUGCUCAGUGUCCCUAACUUUUUAGAGAGGACUAGAGACCCUUGAGUCUUUAUUCAAAGCCAACAGAAACACCAUGGUUUACAAUUACGUGAUGUGUGUUCUUAAAAUUUCUUACCCUACCCAUUUCUAGUGAAACCUGAUUUGUUGGUUCUAUAUCAUAAUACCCUGGAUUAUAGAUGCCCCACAGAGAAGCGAGAUGGGGAAUAGAGCCAGGUCAGCGUUUGGAGAGACCUUCCCCAGCCACCCUCUGGAGGCUCAUGUGGGGAGACGAUCCAUAAAUAAGUAGAUGCAAGGCAGGGUGUGAUUAUGGCCCAUAACCCAGAGAAGAAAAAAUACCUUUUAUCUUUUGGAGUCUAGCUUUUUGGGAGUGGUUACAAAAUGUUUCAGUUUUUGGAAGCUUCAUUUUAUAGGUUUAUCUUAUUGAUGGAUUCUUUGCAGGAAGGAUUUAUGCUUCUUUGAAAAACAGGGAUGUAUGACUCACUAGAGAGUCACGUUCACUGCGUUGGGCUGUGUGAAGCAGCAGGGCAUUCAGCACAGAGCAAAACCCACCCGGGACUCAGUCAACCUCAAUUGAGGAUAGUAGCAACAACCUUAACAUCUGCCUAUUAACAGCCAUAUUUUGCUCUUUGUGGAAACCGUAAAAUCACGUUGAGGUUCCUGAGAGCUAUGCUUUCAAAACUGGAGUGGGAUGUGGCUCAGAUGGAACACAACGGAGCACUUUAAUUGUACAUUUAAAUGUUUACAAAGGUUAGCAAACUACGGCCAAAAGGGAGAAGUGGGGAAAAUGCAGCUGCAGCUAAUAAACCAAGCAAGGAACUCUAAGCUCAGUUUGUAGGUAGGAAUUUCCCCUUUGGUACUUUUACAUGGGGGAUGUUAAAGAGGUUUUAGCCCCUCUGGGGUCCCUUUGUACCCCAACAUGCUCAGACUCCGAGCUGGAGAGCUGGCUACAUCUGAACAGUCCCAGGACCCCCAUUCAACCAUCCCCCAGCUUAGCAGCAACCCCCCUUUUCCACCUCUGGUUUGUAUUAUUACAGAGAUGUAUUAACCUGGAUAUAUAUGUGUAUUUUGUGUGUGUGUGAUAUAGCAAAACUGUGAAAUGGCCAAAUCAGGAAUAUACAAGCUGUAAUUUUAGGAUAUCACAUGACAAAAAAUGUAUUUGUUUUCAAGUUUAACUUUCACUGGUGUAUUUAAUGUUGAAAUACAAUAUGUGUUCUGUUGUCAGAGGAAUUGCCUCUUUUUGGUGUGUUUUCCAUUUGGAAGGUAAGCUAUGAUAACUGUCAAGCUAUCAGAUGAAUCAAUAAAAAUAAUUUUAUAGUAUCUUGCAGAGGAAGUUUCUUUAAAUGAAAGAAAAGCGUUUGGCUUUCUUUUUUGAAUAAACACUUGACAAUAGUAUUUCUUUCUCUAGCAGUU